UCUCUCUCUCUCUCUCUCUCUCUCUCUCUCUCUCUCUCUCUCUCUCUCUCUCUCUCUCUGUGUGUGUGUGUGUGUGUGUGUGUGUGUGUGUGUGUGUGUGUGUGUGUGUGUGUGUGUGUGUGUGUGUUCUUGUACAUACUACAUACUGAGGGCCAUUUUGACUAUUUCCUUACAACGAGAGGGCAUUUUUGGGGUCCUCAUUUUUUUAGAAGAGUACCGGUUUGUUUUUAGAGCUAUGGUGUGAAUUAAGUUUGAGUUAAGUUUAAGGUUAGAAGUAGAUCAGCAUUGUUGGAAGGUGGGUUAGGCAGUGGAGUCACAGAAAUGAACUGAAGUCAAUAGAGUGACCUCACUAUGGUCGAAAGACAGCCAUGUGUGUGUGUGUGUGUCUUGAAAAAAAACUAACAAUUUUUAAUCUGACAUGAUUGAUUAGAUAUUGCAUUUGACGCAUUGACCCGGCCCGACCUGAGAGCGUGAAAAGCGCUUUGUAAAGCUAUCGCAAACGUUUCAAUAUCCUAAUUGUGCAAAUGAAAAAGAAACAUGUAUUUAUUUAGCUUGUUGAUUUAUUGGCUGCACGAGUCUUCCCUAUAUAGAAACAGGCUCAUUUAUUGUUUUAAUGGUUUAUUGGGUCUGAAUCAGCAGCGACUGUUCUUCAGCAGACACUUUUGUGAAUUCUGACCGGAGAGCAGCCUUUGAUCUGGCCGCUCCUCAUCAGCAUUACCCAGCAGCGGGAGGCUCGCUCGGCGGGUUUAGGCAGAACCAGCAGAACCAGCGAGCAGACGUGAUGGGUUCAGCGGUGGUGGUAGCCGCGUGCUUCCUGCUCGGUGUUGGAGCCCUGGAGGACAUGCAGACCCAGGAGCGGAUCUUCCUCAGCUCUCUGGGGCUCUCAGGGCGGCCGCGGCCCGCGGGGAGCCGGCAGGCCCGGCCUCACGUGCCCUCCGAGCUGUGGAGGAUGUUCCGGAGGCCAGAGAGCGUCCAGGCCCGGGAUAGUGAGCCCUGCACGGUGUCAGAGUACGGAGUCCCCGGUAACAUCAUCCGGUACAUCCAGGACCAAGGAGGGUUUGAGUCUGGAUGGAGCAGAAGCAGCUCUCAGAUUUCUCUGGAGAAGCAGCUUUUCUUCAACCUGUCUGUCCUGCAGCCAGUGGAGCUGCUGUCUUUGGCCCAGCUGGAGAUCAGGUUCUUCUGGAAGCCCCUCAGACCUGCUGAUCUCCUGCAGGGCUCCCGCUCCUUCAGCAUGUCCCUGUACAAAGUGAUCCGAGCCACGCUGAGGGGAGCCGAUCCCCAUGCCAGCCGCAGACUCCUGCUGUCACAGUCAAUCCGGCUGCAGCUGGAGUCCAACACCAUCACCAUGGGCCUGACGGCGGAGGCAGAAAACUGGCGCAAACCAGGUCACAACUAUGGUUUGGUUCUGGAGCUGCUUCCUCUCAGUGCAGAUCCAGAUGAGUUCCUGUCCUUCUACCCCGGUAACUCUCUCCCUCUGGACCCUGCUCUACCUUCAAUCCAGUCCUCUUUGGUGGUUGUGUCUCUGAAUCCCCACCAAUGUCGCUCUCGCCAGAGACGCAGCACCUUCCACCUCCCUUUGAUGCUCAGUAACGUGUGCAAAGCUCGCCGCCUCUACAUUGACUUCAAAGAUGUGGGUUGGCAGGACUGGAUCAUCGCCCCGCAGGGCUACAUGGCUAACUAUUGCCACGGCGAGUGCCCCUACCCACUCAGCGAGAGUCUGAAAGGCAACAACCACGCCAUCCUGCAGACCCUGGUGCACACGCUGGACCCACAGGGCACGCCGCAGCCCUGCUGUGUCCCCAUCCGCCUCUCUCCCAUCUCCCUGCUCUACUACGACAACAACGAUAACGUGGUUCUCCGACACUACCAGGACAUGGUGGUGGACGAGUGCGGCUGUCGCUGAGAACACAGAAAACUGCUUUUAUUUCAUGUUUUGGCCUUUUAUUGAAAGCCUCCUACCGUCAUUGACAAGUUUUGUAACGUUGAAUUUUAACCACAUGGAUGUAAUUCAAAUGUUAAAAAUAUUAAAUUUUAAUCACA